GAGGACCUGGUGUCUGCCGUGGAGGAUGCGAAGUUUGUGCUGGCUGCUGCUCCCGCUGGUUGUGGGAAUCCAUCCAGAAUGCAAGAUAUUCCAGCAAGUGGUCAAAGAGGAGGCUCUCUGCUUAGAAAAGAAUGACUCUCUUUCACCUGAUCUUAAAGGAUGUACCAGAGAUUGGGAUGGUCUAACUUGCUGGCCCACAGCCGCUUUUGGGGAAGUGGUUAAAGUACCCUGUCCAAGAUUUUUUGAAGAAAUCACCAAUAUCCAUGGUUUCCUUCAGAGAAACUGUACACAGGAGGCAUAUUGGUCAGAGCCGUUCCCACCAUACACCAUUGCCUGUGGAUUUGAUGAAGGUUCCAGUAAAGGGCCUGAGGAUCAGAAAUCGUAUUAUUCUGCAUUUUGGCGUGUCUACACUGCUGGCUAUGCAGCAUCAGUGACUUCACUCAUUACAGCUCUAAUUGUCUUUGCUGCCUUCAGAAAAUUCCACUGUACAAGGAAUUACAUCCAUAUGCACCUGUUUGUCUCCUUUAUCCUGAGAGCAAUUGCUGUUUUCACCAAAGAUGCCGUUUUGUUUGCAGAUGAAACUAUGGACCACUGCCUUAUGUCAACGGUUGCUUGUAAGGCUGCUGUGGCAUUCUUCCAGUUCAGUGUUUUAGCCAAUUUCUUCUGGCUUCUUAUAGAAGGGAUUUACCUGCAAACAUUGCUUUUGUUAACCUUUGUUUCGGACAAGCAGUAUGUAUGGUGGUUCAUAUUUACUGGCUGGGGGGCUCCCACUGCUGUGAUGUUUGCUUGGAUCCUCACACGAAUAAAGCAACAAAAUACCGGAUGCUGGGAUGACGAUGAAAAUGGAGUAGUGCUAUGGAUCAUCAAAGGUCCCAUUCUGCUAACUGUAUUAAUUAACUUUAUUAUAUUUAUUAAUGUGAUCAGAAUUCUAGUCCACAAAUUGAAAUCUCAAGAGGGAGGAGGAAGCCAUUCAAGCCACUUUGUGAGACUUGCUAAAUCCACGUUACUCUUAAUCCCCCUCUUUGGAGUGCACUACAUUGUAUUUGCAUUUUUCCCAGAAAGCACUGGUCUGGAAGCUCGCCUUUAUGUUGAGCUAGGCUUGGGUUCUUUUCAGGGUUUUGUUGUUGCCCUUCUAUAUUGCUUCUCAAAUGCAGAGGUUCAAAGUGAACUGAAGAAACAAUUAUGCAAAUGGCAGUAUCAAGAAUACCUGAACUUCACACACAAACACAAGACUUUUUCUAGAGAAAAUAGUCCAGUCAACUAUGUCACUCAGUUAUCUCUGCUUGAAAAAAACAGUCCAAAAAGCAAAACAUCUGUGUACCAGAAUGGUGUAACUUCUGUUUGAGCUUUUCUAGCAGGAUGAGUUGGGGUGACACUGUAAUACCUG